AGCUCUGUCCUGCACUGCUGUGGCCUGGGCAGUUCUGGCUGGUUUGUCAAGGACAUUCCUAAUGGCCACAGUAAACCCCAGACCAGGGCAGGGGGGUGGGCGGGGCGUUGAUUGGUGGAGCACACACCUGUCCAGGUGCUGAGGCGCUAGAGGCCAAGGAGGCUCUGUUAGAGGAGGGCCAGCCGCCGGGACAGCAGGGCAGACCCACAGGGACCUGAUGGAGGAGCUGGUGGGCCUUCGUGAAGGCUCCUCGGGGAACCCCGUGACUCUGCAGGAGCUGUGGGGCCCCUGUCCCCGCAUCCGCCGGGGCAUCCGAGGUGGCCUCGAGUGGCUGAAGCAGAAGCUAUUCAGUGUGGGUGAGGACUGGUACUUCCUGAUGACCCUGGGGGUGCUCAUGGCCCUGAUCAGCUAUGCCAUGAACUUCAUCGUCGAGCGUGUGGUCCAAGCACAUAAUUGGCUAUACCGGGAGAUCGGGGACAGCCACCUGCUCCGGUAUCUCUCCUGGACCGUGUACCCUGUGGCCCUCGUCUCCUUCUCCUCGGGCUUUUCCCAGAGCAUCACACCCUUCUCUGGAGGUUCUGGGAUCCCAGAGCUGAAGGUCAUCUUGUCAGGUAUAGUCUUGGAAGACUACCUGGAUAUCAAGAACUUCGGGGCCAAGGUGGUGGGCCUCUGCUGCACCCUGGCCGCUGGCAGCACCAUCUUCCUGGGCAAAGUGGGCCCCUUCGUGCACCUGGCUGUGAUGAUUGCUGCCUACCUGGGCCGUGUGCGCACCGCGACCAUCGGGGAGUCUGGGAACAAGAGCAAGCAAAAUGAAAUGCUGGUGGCAGGGGCGGCAGUAGGCGUGAGCACAGUCUUCGCAGCACCCUUCAGUGGCGUCCUGUUCAGCAUCGAGGUCAUGUCUUCCCACUUCUCUGUCUGGGAUUACUGGAGGGGCUUCUUCGCUGCCACCUGUGGGGCUUUCACAUUCAGGCUCCUGUCAGUCUUCAACAGCGAGGAAGAGACCAUCACCUGCCUCUUUAAGACUGAUUUCCCAGUGGACAUUCCCUACGACCUGCCAGAGAUUUUCUUUUUUGUGGCACUGGGGGCCAUCUGUGGCAUCCUGAGCUGUGCUUACCUCUUCUGCCAGAGAACCUACCUGGGCUUCCUCAAGACCAAUCGCUUCUUCUCCAAACUGCUGGCCACCAGCAAGCCUCUGUACUCCGCCCUGGCGGCCGUGAUCCUUGCCUCCAUCACCUACCCGCCCGGAGUGGGCCGCUUCUUAGCUUCUCGGCUAUCCAUGGGUGAACAUCUGCGCUCGCUGUUUGACAACACUUCCUGGGCACUGAUGACCAGGAACUCCUCCCCACCCUGGCCCAAGGAGCUCAACCCCCAGAACCUGUGGGUCGAAUGGUACCACCCACAGUUCACCAUCUUUGGGACCCUCGCCUUUUUCCUGGUUAUGAAGUUCUGGAUGCUGGUUUUGGCCACCACGAUCCCCAUUCCCGCCGGAUACUUCUUGCCCAUAUUUAUCUGGGGAGCUGCCGUUGGGCGCCUGUUGGGGGAGGCCCUCUCUGUUGCCUUCCCUGAGGGUCUUGUGGCUGGAGGAGUCAUUAAUCCUAUUGUGCCUGGAGCAUACGCCCUGGCAGGGGCUGCAGCCUUCUCAGGGGCGGUGACCCACACCAUCUCCACGGCACUGCUGGUCUUUGAGCUGACUGGACAAAUUGUGCACGGACUGCCUGUGCUGAUGGCAGUGCUGGCAGCCAAUGCCAUUGCCCAGAGCUGUCAGCCCUCCUUCUAUGACGGCACCAUCAUCAUCAAGAAGUUGCCAUAUCUGCCCUGGAUCCGGGGUCGAAAGAUUAGCUCCCACCGGGUGAUCGUGGAGCACUUCAUGAACUGCACCAUCACCACACUGGCCAAGGACAUGCCGCUGGAGGAGGCGGUCAAGGUUGUGACCUCCACAGACAUGGCCGAGUACCCCCUGGUGGAGACCAAAGAGUCUCAGAUUCUGGUGGGCACCGUGCGGAGGGCCCAUUUGGUGCAGGCAUUCAAGGCUGAGCCUCCUUCCUCGACUCCAGGACACCAGCGGUGUGUCCAGGACGUUUUGGCUGGGGGCUGCCCCACAGAGCCAGUGACCCUGCAGCUGUCCCCAGAGACCUCCCUGCACCAGGCACACAACCUCUUCGAGCUGUUGAACCUUCAGUCGCUCUUCGUGACAUCGCAGGGCAGAGCUGUGGGCUUUGUGUCCUGGGCCGAGAUGGAGAAAGCAAUUUCCAGCUUGACUAACCCACCACCCCCCAAAUGAGC